CAACAUUGGCUAUUGACUACCAACAGACUACGGUCAGUACGAACCACCAAUGUUGUUAUAAUCAGUUGUGAAAAUACAACCGCUAAACGAAACCGAACUAGGGAAAAUAUUGAAGUUAUCGAAAUGACCACCGGAUAGAAAGCUCUGCAGUUCCCACACCCGCGUAGGCCGUGAAGAUGGCUGCCACGUCUGGUCUGUACCCACUGGAGUAUAUCAGGCCAAAGAAGUGGAUGGGGCCAGUAUGUAAUGUCGAAAACAUCCUGGCCGAUGCCAGCCCUGGCCCGUUCAAGAAGUACGAAUCCAUUACGAGGAGUAGUUUCGUCCCCUGGGCGAAUGAGGGUGGCAGAGUGUUUGCGCGAAAGGAAUACCAGACGCCGAGAAUGGCAACAGGAAUAAUGCCACAGAACAUCACCAACCCAGCUGUAGAAUAUACAGAGCGAUUGCUGCCAUAUCAUCCAAGAAUAAAGACCACUUCUUUACCGACUGAUGGUCCGUACCAGUUCUUACCAAGGAGACGAAAGCUUCCCAAGCCUCAUCCGGACCAAGGUGUAUUUUACUUCGCGCCGAAUGCUCCAUUCCACAGACACCGGGCAACCUCUGCAAGGGCAGGACUGCCAACUACCAGUGAAAGAUCGAUACUCCCAACUGCACCCAAAUCAGCAUGUGCUACAAAUGACUCUGAAAUAGCAUCACGUGACAUCAUGAGCGUAACCGGAAGGGACUAUUCAAGGCGGAAGUGGUUACAAGGUCCACACGGGGCGCUGACUGUGGGAGAAUUCGAUGGUGGUGCCCCCAUGCGGCCGGAUCUGAAGAUAAACGCGAGAUAUUUUUACACGCUCAAACGACAACAGCUGGUCACAUAGUGCCAAUGGACGAAUAGGGUUCCCAUGCCAUUGAUAAAUGGCAUGGGAACUUUUGAGAAAUCUUUUGAGAAAUCGUUCGCGGAGGUCUGCGAAUCUAGCAAGCGUAUGUUGCAAGUAAAUAUGUUUGGGGUUUGAUAGCGUAUCAGGGGCUGUUUCGGGCGGGGAAGAGCCUUCCUGGGGGUGGGGGUGGGGGCAAGAACACUUAUUGAAAUUGUUCGGCCCAAAUCAUGGUGAAAAACACAUUUUUGGUAGCUUGUGUACCAGGGGCAUCUGCCCCCUGCCCUCUGCUAGAUAGGCCCCUGUGUACAUCUGUGUGAAAAUAUUGUAAAUAGAUUAAGCGUAUAUGUAAGUGUAAAUAAAGUUUGAAUUGUUGCCUGAAAA